AUGUCCUCCUGUUCAGACUCUGAAGGAGACUAUGACUUACGCUUCCUCCUCCCUCAGGAUGUCGGGGAUACCGAAGACGCCGAGGGAUACCGCCUCGGAGGGUUCCAUCCUGUUCACCUCAAUGACAGGUACGAUGACGGACGCUACAGAAUUGUGCACAAGCUCGGCGCCGAUGUAACCGUGGGAAAUCUUGUCCUCACCCUUUCGGAUAUUGACUGUUACGGCGAAGAUGACAUUUACCGACUAUUCGGCCGGCCCGUGACGGGAGUUCUAGAGACCCAAUCUGGCGUGAAGCCUGGUCCUGAGGCACCGCGGUAUAUAGUAGGGAACAUCGACUUUUUAUCCUCUCCAGAGACCAUCAUCAAGCCCGACCUCAAACUGGUUGAUUUCGACCAAUGCUUUCCGGUUUCAUCUCCUCCACAGAAGAUGAUGGGCACCCCUAUCGAAUUCCUGGCCCCUGAAGUUGCCGUCGGACAGGCAGCCAGCCCUGCGAGCGACGUCUGGGCCCUCGGAUGCUGCAGACUUCGACUUAGGUCCGGGCGGGGCCCAUUCUCGAGCCCUUUCGACGUCGUUACUCCAUGCGAUCUGAUGCGCUACGUCAUCCAUACUCUGGGAGAGGCUAUGCCACCCCAGUGGCAGCAAACUGUCUUGUGGGACCGUCGGGGUCAGCCGACAAGAGAUGCCAGCAAAGGAACGCCGCAUGACCAGUGGUGGGCAGGCGAAGCCCGAUCGUUGCGAAGUAUUGUCUACAAUAUAUGGGACGAGCCGAAGGACCGUGUUGUCCAGACCGGCAUCUCGAGGCCCGAGAGGACAUGGUGGGAGCAUGAGCACCAACCCUUUCCUCCACACCUUUCAGAUAUGGUGUGGAACCCCAAGGCCGUCAAGAUAGACAAUAUCUAUGUAUACAGCUACAGUGGAGAUUGGGAUGAGUUACUAGAGGCACUGCCAAAGAUAUCGGAACAGGAGGCAAUUCUGCUCAAUGAUCUAUUGGCCAAGAUCUUCGUCUACGACCCGGCGGACCGUCUCACAGCAGAGCAGAUGCUUGAUCACCCCUGGUUUCAGUUUGUUGGGCAGGAUCAGGCGACCUAG